CAAGCCACGCCCCUUUCAACACACGUGAAGUUGUUGUUAUUGUUGUUCAGUCAGUUAAAGAUUAUAAAAAUUUUUACUUGGUUCUGUCUUUUAUUAAAUUUUUCUUCUCACGUCAAAAGGACCUAAUUUUAUUCAACUUAUAUUUACUGCCGUCCAAAGUCUUCACUCGCAAUCAAUUAUUAUUUCUGAGAUCGUCGAUCGUCCAACGAUUUUGUAAAAGAUCUUCUUAAAAUGGUUCGAUUUAAAAACCGCUACCUGGUCUUGGAGGCUAUUCCAAUCGAUGGGAAAAACAAAUCUAAAUUUCACAUGAAACCGCAGGCGCUUUAUUCUGCAAUUUUGGAGAAAAUUGAGCUUCUGCACGGUGACUUUGGUGUGGCCGCAGUCAGGAAUGGUUUUCUGACCAAGUAUUGCAGUGAAAAGACGCAGGUGGCUUACGUUCGUGCACGGCAUGGGCCUCACAAGUUGGUGGCAAGUGCGAUUCCUUUAGUGACAAAAAUUGAAGGUGCUCAAGUGACUUUGAAGACAAUUUACACGGGUGGUUCGGUGAUGCAGUGCAACAAAUUCCUCAGAGACUACCACAUUAAAGAGCUGGAAAAGACUUUGCCGCUAAUCAAGGAUGAGGACGAGAGGAAAAAAGUUCAAGAAUCAUUCCUUUGCUUCAGACAAGUUGGCGAGGAAAGGUCGAACAUCAACCCCUAAAACUGUGUUUCCCCUGCUUUUCAUUAAAAGGUAUAAUUUUCAAAUGAAAUUCAUAGUUUUAUGUUCUAGAAUGGAUUUAUUUAUCUGAUUAAUGAAAUAAACUUAAAAAUUUAAAUUAAAAAUUCUUAAUGUUAAAUACUGAUAAGGGUGGUAUAAAGUACAUUAUUAAAAAAAAAAUUC